UUGUUCUUGGCACCAAUUCGGGCAUUCAUUUUAUCGCUUCAUGGGAAAUAGGAACACUUUUGAUGAAGCCAAGACAGAGUGUUCGAAUAAUGGAGGAAGAUUGGCAAUUAUCGGAUCAGCAGAACUUAAUACGUUCCUAACAUCGUUUGUAUCGCCUGCCCGUUCGUCACCUUCUUGUUACUGGUUCGGUCUAAGUCGAAGCGCGGAUGUUGAGCCAUUCACCUGGAUUGAUGAAACUCAAAUAAGUAACCCUAUCUGGGCUCCUGGAGAGCCAAGUUCUACUGGGCGAACCUGCGCGUGUUUGUGGUCUGAUGGGAAUGACGCUAACAGACAUGGCAAAUGGGACGGUAGAUCUUAUGGGGACCCACUGCCGUACAUCUGUGAAAGACCACAAGUACCAACUGGACAAUGGACAUAUAUAUCAGGAGUGCAAAACGUGCAGUAUUUAAUUUCAACCUUGGACACAAGCUAUUUCAAUGCAAGGGAUUAUUGUCAUCAAAUAGGUGGACGGCUUGCUCAGUUAAAAACAUCAAAUAUUUAUUCAGCAGUGAAAAAUCAAUUUGGAAAUAUUGGAGACGGAAGAUUUUGGUUUGGGCUUGAUGAUCUGAGCAAGGAAGGUACUUUCCGGUGGGCUGAUGGAACGCUGUUAAGAAAUACAGGAUUCAUUGCAUGGACUCCCGGUGGCCCAGACAAUUACAAAGGGGACGAACAGUGUGUAGAAAAUCGAAAACGCGGCUGGAAUGACCUACUCUGCAACAAUUCACAUAGGUUUGUCUGCGAGAAAUCAGAGGCCCCACCACUCCAUGUACUUGCCAUGACGUCAACACCUUUCGGGAGUUCGGGAGCUACUCCACGUUUCUCAUGCAUACUCAGCCCUCCUGACAACACAGAAGACUCUGUAACCUAUACGGAGAGAGUAAUUGUACAGAGCCUCACCACAGAGGGGUAUACACUGGACGUCCCGGGCACGAAAAUAACUCAGCCUGGUGGAUUAAUACAGGAUCUACCUGGUGAUGUAACAUCAGUUGGAGUUUAUAAGUGCUCGAGUACAUCAACAACUUAUGGUAUUUCAACAUCGGCAGAUGUAACAAUUCUCUCAAAAGACAGACAUUUUCAACCAACUGACGGCCGUCUCACGAAAACGAUUUAUCCAGGGGACAAUAUCACACUCUCAGUUUCUACCACGGAUAUGUACACAGCAGGUGAAGAUGAAAUCCGAUGGAGGACCUUCUCAAACCUUGCUGAAGGAUCUUUGUCUCCAGAGGGGGACGGGGCUCUGACCUAUGCCAUUCGAUCGGCAACGAAGAGAAAUGCUGAUAUUUACGGAACGUUUCAAAACGACAUGGUUGAAAAUCUAAUGUACAGCUUGAUUCGCGUCAUUGUCAGUGAUUGUCCACGUGGCCGAUGGAAUAUCCCAUCCUGUGACCGUCUGUGUGAUAAUUGCUACAAUGGAGGGAUUUGUCACCCUCAAUCAGGAACCUGUAUCUGUCCUCCAGGAUUCAUGGGCAAAAACUGUCUGACUGCAUGCGAUGAAAACCGUUUUGGAUGGGAGUGUGAACUUGAAUGUGGUGCUGGAAAUGCUCUACAAGCAUGCAGUGGAAGCCAGGUGUGUCUACCCGAUCCCUACGGAUGCAACUGCCUGACUGGUUAUACAGGAAUAUACUGCGAUGAACAAUGUACUCCGGGUAAGUUUGGUGUUGACUGCCUUCAGGAUUGCCACUGUGCAGAAGGGAUGCCAUGUGAUGCCUUCACUGGAAGAUGUGAGGGAGACUGUGAGGAUGGUUGGUCAGGAGAAGGGUGUCAAGUUCCCCCUGUAUGUACAGCCAGUUAUACGGGAAUAAAUUGCACAGAGUCCUGUAACUGUCCAGAGUACUCGGAAUGUGAGAAGGACUCUGGUUUCUGUACAUCAUCGGGAGGACAAUGUGAGAUUGGCUAUGUUGCCGACUCUCCAGAGAGACCAGAUGGAUGUGCCACAUUUACUGGAUGUUUCGAGUCUUGUUCUAAGACGUGUCACUGUGCUGGUGGUGUCGAGGACUGUAACCAGGAGACCGGAACGUGCUCUCAAGGUACAUGCCAUCCACGAUGGACAGGAGACAAAUGUCAAACUGAUCGCUUUAGCGUUAGACGAGCAAAAACCAACCCGGGUAUUGCAAUUUUUUCCUGCACAUUUGAUACCGACACAAGUGGCAACAUCCCCUCCACAAAGGCUACUGUAGGGGAUUUCUCAAUGGAAAACUGGGAAAACGCACAGGCCGUUGAUACUGCUACUGAUCAGUCUUCAUUACAAUCAAACUUUACGUUUUCCGUUAAUGUCAACGGAAAUCAACCCAUCUACUGUUUAGUUGGCACAUUAACAAGUGAUAUUGGAUUUGCUUUUUUCAGGUUGCCACCACCUGAAACAUUCGUUCUCCCGGUCUUUAACAAGGCGCCUGAGGUAGCAGAACUAGGUUUCAACUAUGUCAUCAUUGCUUGGGAUUCUUGGAACGGAAACGUUGAUGUUGGUGAGGGUCCAAUUAUUGGGUACCAGGUCUACGUUACUGCUUCAGAUGGGAACGAAACAAAUACGUUUAUAACAUCAUCAGGUGUUCCGAUGGAGAUGGGAUCCUCAGGGAUUGCGUCCUUAAGGAAGAGAAGACGAGCAGAUGAAGGGCCACUGAUGUACAACGUAACUGGUCUGGGUGAUGGCCAAGCAUAUGAGAUUCAAAUUUCAGCAGUUCGUGAGGGACUUAACGGUGAAGGAGAGAAAGGACCUGCUCUGAGGGUGAUAACUCUCAAAAUAGCACCCCCUCCUGGCUCUUUUGCAAUUGGCGCCAUCGCUGGUGGGGCAGCAGGAGGACUAAUCUUCCUUCUACUGCUUAUUGUCAUCAUCGUCAUCAUUGUAGUACGGAGAAGAAGAAAACCACGCAACGAAGGCUCCAAACCGGUCACCUAUAAGAAUGAUAACGAUUAUAUCGGUGGCAUAUCCGGAGGUACAUCAAAGUCUACUCCAACCGUGACACCGAGGAAACCGAUGGUCCUACAAAAAGCAUCCACCAUGCCUGAACCACCAUUGGCUCAAAACGGUUUGGACGAGGUUGAUGUACCAAAAUCCAGUAGGUCGGAGGAAUGGCCAAAGGAGCGUCGCCCGAUACCCCUCUCACAGUUUGCUACCCUCGUUCAGAAGAAUAGACACACAGACGUGUUCUACGAGGAAUUCCUUUGCUUACCAGGCGCAAAUAUCUUCCCACAAACCGUUGCGAAAAAGCAGGUCAAUUUUGAGAAGAACAGAUACAAGAACAUCCUGCCAUAUGAUUUCUCAAGGGUUAAGCUGGCAAUCAUCAACAACGACCCGGAUUCAGAUUACAUCAAUGCUUCUUACAUACCGAGCUUUGGAAAUCAGCGUGCGUACAUUGCGUCACAAGGACCAAAGAAUGAAUCGAUGGAUGAUUUCUGGCGGAUGGUGUGGCAAGAGAAUGUGAAAACAAUAGCCAUGGUGACCAAACUCCAAGAGGGAAACAAGAUUAAAUGCCGUCAAUACUGGCCGCAGUCGACCUCUGUAAACUUUGGGGACUUCUUAGUGGCAUUGGAUUCUGUCGCAAAUUGUACCGGAGGAUUAAAGCGAACACUGUUCUUGACGAAGGGGGCGAACACCAGGGUUGUAAGCCAAUAUCACUUCACGGAGUGGCCACUCCAAGCAGUUCCUAACAACACAUCUACUCUGCUGAAGUUUAUCUCUGAGGUGCGGAAGGACCAUGGACUAAAUAGCUCUCCACUCCUGGUUCAUUGCAGUGCUGGCGUUGGACGGACGGGUGUACUGUUGAGUAUAGACAGUGUCGUAGCUGAAGCGAAGAGAACCAAGGAGGUCGAUAUCUUCGGUUAUGUGUCAAAGAUGAGACAAAACCGACCUUACAUGGUGCAAACAAAGGAGCAAUAUACAUUUGUGUACGUGGCCGUGCUCGAAGCUUUGUUCUCCGAAGAUACCAGGAUCCAGGCUUCCCACUUCGACUCCACCCUGAUGAAUCUUCAAGAAGUUCCUAGAAACAGCAAAAGAAGAUGCACACUAUUGUCUAUACAGUUUGAGAACAUGAUGGUCGUUUGUCCUGAUCCUCCAGCCUCGUUGAUCAGAACUGCUACGAAGACAGAAAAUCGUUCGAAGAGCCGUUACACCAACAGCCUUCCAAUGGACAGGAACCGAGUCAUCCUUCAGUCUAGGGGCUCUUCAGAUUCGGACUUCGUCAACGCGAGCUUCGUGAAGGGUAUUCGACACAGGUUCAUCACCACGCAGAUGCCGAUGCCGAACACCGUAGCUGAUUUCUGGGCCAUGGUCAUCGACUACCAUCCCUCCAUCAUCGUCAUGCUCAACGAUGAUGAUAAAAGUAACGAGAGCUGUGCACGAUACUGGUCUGACAAGGGUGUAACAACCUUCGGAUCUGUCUCUGUCACCACGCUGUCUGUCUCAGAGAGAAGAGGAUUCAUCGAGAGAGAGAUAGAGGUUACUCAGAACAACCCAAAGGCUCGCCAUGUUGUAAAGCAGUAUCAGUUCAUCUACUGGCCUACUAAGGCAGAGGAACGAAGGGACCGCGCGCCUUAUCUUCUGAAUCUUAUGACAGAAGUGGAGGACAGUUUUAGUGGAGUUGCAGAGGGGUUUCCUGUCCUGGUUCACUGCCUGAACGGAGUGGGUCGAACAGGUGUAUUCUGUACCAUGCUUGAGUGCAUCGCACAGAUAAACGAAGAGGACGCUGUUGAUGUCUUCCAAACGGUCAAGAUGCUGCGAAAUGAGAGGAUGCACUUCGUAGAAACCGAGGAAGAAUUUGCAUUCAUCUACGAGUUGAUUAAAGAGUAUCUGUCUGCCGACGAGUACGAAAUACUGUCAGUCCCGAUCGAAGACGAACAUACCUAUGGGAGCGUCGACUCUAGCUAGAUCUGCCCCCCCCCCCCCCCCUGGCUCCAGCGGGCGAGAGCGUGUACGAAAUCGAGCAAAUCCAAGAUGGCGCCGAUGAGGGAAUCUCUCAUGGAAACCUAGCUGAAAGAGACUUUAUUGUGGACGUAGCGCCUCCUGCAGCUGAGGGAGAUAACGCACAAAGGGAUGCUGUUUAUGAAGUUGUCAAAUACCAGCAGUAAAAAUACGAGAAUGAUCAGGUUUUUCAUGAGGAUACCAAAUAGUUUGUAUUAUAACUGUUAAUAUGCUUGUGUAUUUAUCUAUAUAUUUUGUUUUUGCUGCUGUUUUAUUCUUACCAAACAAGGCCUCACGGAAGACCACCAAAUUGGUGAUAUGUGCCACCCUGUACAUAUCUCAGAAAUAAAGAAUUGAAUAAAAAUGUACUCGCGAACUGGUGAAAAAUAAUUGUGAAAUAGAUAUGAACUCAAGAUUAUGCUUUUUUUUCUCUCCUUUGCCCCCUAAAUCCGCCAUGCCUAUAUUAUGAUCUUUCUAAGGUUUUUUUCCAAUCAUGUUAAUAAAUCCUUGAAAUACACAAAAAAAGUAAAAUCUGUGGUUUACAAAGUGUGUAGUUGGGACGAUUCCUUUUUUCAGUGAGAAAGGUAUAUGUUUUGUUUUUGUUGGUCAAUAAGUGUCCAUAAGUGUCCAUAAAAAGGCAUAAGUGUCAAUAAGUGUCAAUAAGUGUCAAUAAGUGUGCAUAAGUGUCAAUAAGUGUCGAUAAGUGUCAAUAUUUGUUCUUAAUAAAUCAACUCUACUUUGGCAAUAUCGGGUUAUUUGAUAGCCUCAUAUAAAAUUCUCGUUUUCUGCGACCUUUGAUAUGCUGAUGCAUGCAGCUGGUUUUCGUGCUGAUGUGCUCGUUGCCUGUUUGUAUAAUAAAUGUAUAUUUCAUUGAAAUGUAGUUGCAUUUUGUCCUUCAAUUAUUCAUUUAUGCUUUGUAUAUUCAUCAUUCUUUGAACUUCGUGUAGAGAUAUUAUCUUUUGUUAUAUCUGUAUUUAUGUUGAAUGAACAAAUUAUCAAUAUUUAAAACAGGAAAAUAAACGAUAAAUUCUGUUCUUGUCAUUCCCAUGCAAUUCCAGAAAUGUUUUUGUAUCAUUCUGAAUAUUGUUUAUGGAGCUGUUUAUUUUUGUUCAAUUUAAGAUUAGAUAAAAAAAAACAUUAUGUUCAUAAAUCGU